UCUCGCGCGCACUUUGGCUCGAAUUGCUGCCCAAACGGCUCGACGUGCCGCGCGGGCACGCGUAUGGCUGCCCCGCGGCGACCCGAGGCCGUGCCGCGACGAGUGCUGCCCGAGGCAAGCUGACAAUCAUGCGCCGAGCUGCUCUGCUCCUCGCCGCCGCGCGUUUGAUACAAGGCGAAUACAUCCUCGGCGUGCCGAGCAACUGGCACGCGUCGCGCCACUUCGCCAAGUUGGUCGAGUACCAAUCGAUAAGCAAUCUGACCUUCGGCAUACGCGCUACUGAACAAGGUAGCGGGCACUGGCGGCCCUACUGGACCAAAGACAAGUUCGCGACGCUGUGGCGCGUCGAGGCGAAGCGGCGGCAGCGACGGGCGCCGCCCGCUGCUACGAUCGAGGACGCGUGUGGUGCCCUGGGCGGAAGCACGAUCGUCGCCCUCGACGCGGCGGCUCUCGCGUCGAUCUACCAGCUCGCGUCAAGACGGGCGCACGGCACGACGACGCGCGAGCUGGGCGUCUCCAUGGACCUUGGGGAUGGAGCGUGCGGCGCGCGCGCCACUGCCGUCACAUUCGACGAGGGCGAGCUCUGCCCGGCGCGGCGCGGCGGCUGCCGCGUGAGGCGCUGCGCCUUCUCCGACAUCUGCGCGCACACGCACCCGUCCACCAAUAGACCGUCGGCGUCCGACCUGCGGGCGGCCCUCGACGCCCACCCGUGCGCCGGUCUUGGUGGCAAAAGACGGCUGAGCCUCGUCCUCGCGCCGAAGGGCGUCUUCGCCUUCGUGCCGUCGGCGAAGCGGGUGCGGGCCUUCGCGGCGCUGAGCGACCAGGCCAAGGAGAACGUCGCGCUGCAGUGGGCGCGCUCGGGCCGCGAGGACCAGAGCAGGACGCAGCGCGGCGACGCGGGGCCCUGGCUCGCGCACGUCCGCGGACUGGGCUUUGACGCGGCGUAUCUGCCCUAUCAACUGCUCGAGGCCGCGUCGUCUGAUUCGAACGCCCACGCGGUGCUCUUGCUGCGCGUCGGGGAGGGGUCUUGUCGGCGGCGGCGGGCUAGGCUACGGUAAGGUUC